GUUGGUAUAAGGCCUUGCCAGGUCCUUAUAUUUGGAAUCACAGUUGGCUACAAAUAGAAGAGUUAUUUUAUGAAUUGUCCACUUAUAUAUAUAUAACAACAGUUAUCUGUUAUUAUUAUUAUUUGAGAGCAAAUAUUUAAUAGCAAACAAAGAAGAGAGAGAUUUCAGUUUGCUUUCUUCAUAUUCAUAUAUUUUGUGAGUACUUGAUUUGAAAGAAAUAAAGAUGGGAUACUGGAAAGCAAAGGUUCUUCCAAAGAUCAAGCAGAUCUUUGAUAAAAAUGGACCCAAGAAGACUGCUGCUGCUGAGGCAUGCAAGACUUUUGAUGAAGCUAAGGAGGAGUAUAGCAAGGAGUUUGAAGAGAAGAAGACUGAGCUUCAACCCAAAGUUAUUGAAAUUUAUGAAGCUGCUGCAAUUGAGAUCAAGAGUUUAGUGAAGGAACCAAAGGGUGCAGGGCUGAAGAAAAACUCAGAUGGGGUUCAGAAAUUCCUUGAUGAGCUUGUGAAGAUUGAAUUUCCGGGAUCAAAAGCUGUUAGCGAAGCAAGUUCAAACUUUGGGCCUUCAUAUGUAUCCGGCCCAAUUCUGUUUGUGUUGGAAAAAGUUUCCACUUUUAUAGUCGUCACAGAAGAUAAGAAGGGAGAGGAACCCGCAGCUGCUACUGAUGACUUGCAUGCAACAGCCACGUCAACUGAAGAGGUGGAGGUGAAGGAGAAGGAGAUAGUUAUUGAGGCUGGAGAAUCAAACAAGGAAGAAGAACCUGCUGACGUGACACCUGCAGUCAAGGUGGAAGCACCUGCUGACGUGACACCUGCAACUAAGGUGGAAGAAGCACCCAAGGCGUGAUAUAUGAUCCAAUGUACUAAAAUUAUAUCAGUAUGUGCGGACCAUAUGUAUACUUCAAUUUGUCUUUAUUUUUAUUUACUGUGAGAAACAAGACACAAACUUGAUUUAUUAUUCUUUUGCUAGUGUUCUCUCUUUCUUUGUACAAUAUUAUCUCAUGAACAAUGUCUUGUGUACCUAUUUUUAUUCUCAAACUU